AUGGCGACCUGCAGAGCUGGCGCAGCACAGGCAGAGAGCCAGGCACCUGCCCCGCACAGCCCCGCAGCCUAUGAGGCAGCUCUGCAGGAGACAGCCCGGUGCCUCGUGAAUGAGGCCCUGGGCAAGGCUUUCACUGGGAGCCGGGGACCCAGGCAGCAGCCGGUGCCACAGUGGGACCUGGCACAAAGCAUGGAUGUGGCAACGGCAGCAAGAACACCUGCAGCGCCUCGGGACACAGAGUCUCCCUUGGCUGGAGAGCCUCAGGGAGAGGCCAGCACAGCCCCUCUCGUCCCCACGGCAUGCCAGGAUGGAGAAAACAUGGCUUCUCCCAUGUCUGGAGACCAUCAAGGAGAGGCCAGCACAGCCAUUGUCUCCCUGGUAGUGCACAAGGAUGAAGUGGCUUCUUUGAUGCCUCAAAACCCUGCAGCAGACACUGGCACACCCCACUUUGCCCCAGCAGCGGACAACGCAAGAGACCCAGUGGCUUCUCCCUUGGCUCGGGACCCUCGGCAACAGGUGAGCCAGGCACGUGUGGUCAGCAGCGGGCAUCCCGAGGUGCCAGAGGCAGACGGUGCCCGGGCUGUGUGCGGCAGGGAGAUGCCUGGUGCUCUCCGUGUCAUCCCGCCGACAUCCUUCCCUCCCCUACCUGUGCUCUUGCUCUCCCCAUGCAGGCGGCCUCAGAGCACAGAGGCGACGCACAGCCCUCCUCCGCCUCCAGGGACACGCCCGAGGAUGACCCAGGUACGUCCCCGAGUCGAGCACUGCCCCGGCAAGGGCAGGCCUGGCCCGGCUGUCCCAGUGAGCGGCACCCAGGCCAGGCCAGCAGCACUGUUCACCUGGGGCCUGGCCAUGCCCUGGCCACCCCUCCCUGGGGAAAGCCCUCAGUGGCGAGUGGCAGGCGAGCUUGCCUGUCACCCGCCCAGCCCCUUGCCUACAGCUCUCCCUCCCCCACAGGCAUGGCCGCACUCCCACACCCCCCAGCUCGACGGCGAUGGCCCUCUUUCUUCAGGAGGGCGCUCAGGGCUCUGCGCACAGCUUUCCGCUGUACCUGCAUCACGGGACAGCAAGAGGAACAGCGCCCCGCUGCCAGCACCAUGUGGCUCUCCGAAGAUGGCAGCUGGCCCUGAGCCUGCAAGCAUCCAGAAGGAGCGGCAAGGGGAGGCACGCGAGGGAUGGGUGCAUGGACAGCGCCCCAGGCAUUCAGCUGCCCUGAGGACAUUCUGCUGCCAGCCUCUGCUCAGCUGUGGAAGCUUUCUGAGGCCAAUAAAGAUGACAAUUUUCCCCCAGUGCUCAUCAGUGCCUGUUCCAUCUCAGGAGAAAGACAGGCAGCUUCAGCCGCGGCAGCUCCUGCCCACAGUCAGUAAGGCCUCCAGCUGUCCCUUUUCGCCCAAGCUGCUAGGAGGAUGA